AUUAGAGAAUUUGAAAAUGGCAACUAAGCUAGCUUGCUUUGUGUUAUUUAUGAUCAUGUCCAUGGCGGUUUCGCCAACCCUUUCAUCGGUCGUCACCAAUGCAAUGGACUAUUGGUGCGACAAAACCCCAAACCCUCAGCCUUGCAAGUAUUUUAUGCGCCAACAAACCAAACCCUUGGUGCCCAAGACCAAAUCUGAGUUCCGCAAAGUGGCAGUGGGAAUAGCCUUGGAACGUGCACUCCGUGCUGAGACUCAUACCAAGUGGCUAGGCAAGAAAUGUCGAAAUGAUAAAGAGAAAGCUGCAUGGGCUGAUUGUUUGAAACUCUAUCAACAAACCAUUCUUCAAAUCAACCAAACCUUACACUCUACCAAAUGCACCGAUUUCGACGUCCAAACCUGGCUAAGUACUGCCCUCACCAACCUUGAAACUUGUCGGGUAGGGUUCGUUGAGCUAAGGGUUUCUGAUUAUGUCUUACCCCUAAUCAUGUCCAACAAUGUCUCAAAGCUAAUAAGCAAUGCUUUGGCUUUGACUAGUAACGCUUCAUUUGUGCCCCAAAGUUACAAACACGGCUUUCCUAGCUGGCUCAAGGCCGGUGACAGAAAGCUGUUGCAGUCUUCUUCGCCAACGCCCGACCUUGUGGUGGCUCGAGACGGGUUGGGGAACCAUAGGACUAUUAAGGAAGCACUUGAUGCCGCCUCAAAAAGGAGUGGGAAAAGUAGAUUUGUGAUACGUGUAAAAAGUGGGAUUUACCAAGAAAACCUUGAAAUUGGCACUAAGUUAAAGAAUAUUAUGUUGGUUGGAGACGGACUGAGAAACACCAUUAUUACUGGCAGCAGAAGCGUUGGAGAUGGUUCCACCACUUUUGACUCUGCAACUGUUGCGGUAACGGGUGAAGGGUUUAUUUCCCGUGGCAUAACAUUCCGCAACACCGCUGGACCGCAGAAGCACCAAGCAGUGGCCUUGAGAUCAGGCUCUGAUCUUUCUGUCUUCUACCGCUGUGGCUUCGAGGGAUACCAAGACACACUCUACGUCCAUUCUCAGCGACAGUUCUACAAAGAAUGCUACAUAUAUGGCACAGUAGACUUCAUAUUUGGAAAUGCAGCUGUGGUUUUGCAGAACUGCAUGAUUUAUGCAAGGACGCCAAUGGAUAAGCAAAAGAACACGGUAACUGCUCAAGGCAGGACCGAUCCUAACCAAAAUACUGGCAUUAUAAUCCAUGGAUCACGAGUGAUGGCAACUGCUGACCUUUCCCCGGUGCUUAGUUCAUUCAAAACGUUCUUGGGACGGCCAUGGAAGGAGUACUCACGUACUGUUUUCAUGAAAACUUACCUUGAUUCCUUGGUGGAUCCUGCGGGCUGGCUUGAAUGGGAUGGUGACUUUGCUCUAAAUACCUUGUUUUAUGGAGAGUACCAAAACAUAGGCCCCUCUGCUCCGACAAGUAGAAGGGUAAAAUGGAAAGGUUACCGAGUUAUAACCAGUGCUACUGAAGCAUCAAAGUUCACAGUGGCUAACUUCAUUGCCGGAACAUCUUGGUUGCCAAACGCUGGGAUACCAUUCACUUCUGGUCUUUGAGUUCAUCAUAUUAACCGUAUCACUCAUUUUCAAUUUGUUCCCAAACAUUGUUUUGUUCUUUCAUUGCUGCCGCGUCUUUCUUAUACUGGUUGAAAUCCACAUGAUUAUGUAGAAGAAUUUAUCCUUGUCAUACAUGCAUAAUAAAUAAAUUAAUCUUUCUUUCCCGGCCACAAUACACAGAGGAACAAAUUAUACAUAUAUGAUGCAGUAUGAACCCGAAAUCAACCAAAAUUAUUUCUAAACAAAUCAACAAGGUAAAAGAACAGAACAAAGUGUGUCCUUCAGCUUUUA